AUGACACGAACGAGACAGCCAAACCCGCCCGUAUCCAGCCUAACCACUACCCAAGUCGAAUCUUCUUAUACCCAGCAGACAAGACAAGGCAUACCACUUACCGGAACCUUAAGACUACGCGGCGACGCAACGACAACUCAAGAAAACCCCCCCGAGCCGCGCCGUAUCCGAUGGGCCGAAGAUGUCGUAGACAACGAAGGGCAAGGGAAAAAGAGCUCAAAAGUCGGUGAAAGCAGCUCCGAGUCGGACUCGUCGGAUUCGGAUUCUUCCGAGAGUGAUGGUGACAGCGAGGUGGAUACUGGAGAGGCAAGGAUGGCCAACGGCCGUGGUCCACGGCGCAGUUCGCAUGGUCAUGACCACCGUGACGUCUCGCAGCAGACCAAACGACCCAGAAGGAAACCCAAGGUAAACGCGUAUGAACGCGUUCCGAACUAUUCCAAAGGAGGAGAAGACGUCAAAAAAGAGUCUUGA